UUAAUAUCACGUCUUCGUGAUUAUUUUUAUUGUUAUUGUUGAAUAUUUACAUUUAUACGUGCGCUAAUCAUUGCAGUUUAUUUCAUAUCACAGGGAAGAACGUAAAGGCCACAGAAAAAAGGAAUGUAAAUGUUAGUUCAAGGUUGAACAGGAUAUUAAAUUAAAAAUCAUGUCCCGCUUAAUGAUUAUAGCAAUAUUGCUCGUAUGUGGAUGCUCAACAAUAAUUUUGCCAGCCGAUUCGGCACGAAUUUUAGCAGUUGAGCUGACAGGUGGAAAAAGCCAUUGGAAUUUUAUGAGUUCAGUAUUACGGUCUUUAUUAGAAAAAGGACAUAAUUUGACCAUUUUUUCUCCAUUUACCGAUAUUGAUUUUUGUGGUGUGAACUGUUCUUUGAUAGAUACAUCUAAAGACUAUCCAACUACAAGUUCAACAAACUUUUUGACUAUCUUGAAAACACUCAGUUCAACCGUAAAGCUUAUAUCCCAAAGCGUUAAUAUUACAAGAAGUCGUUGUAAUAAUAUGUAUAAUAACAAUGACAUAAAUAAGAUCUUAACGGUCAAAAAUAAUUCAGAUUACGAGAUUUUACUGAUUGAACCGAUGGCCACCGAGUGUGCUUCACAUGUAGCAGGCAUACUUCGAAUUCCUGUAGUGUACCUUAUCCCAUCGCCAAUGUUAACAUUCAUAGAACCAAUAUUUUUUGGACAUACACCAAACCCUGCAGUUGUACCGCAUAUUCUAAGUAAACAUGCAUUUCUUAGAACAUUUAGUCAGAGAUGUAUCAACUCAGCGCUAUUGGUAUACAGUUUGAUCUCGAGAGAAUACCACGAAUGGAAAAUUAAAAAAACUCAUCCUCAGACGUAUGAUUCGAUCGAGACCAUUAAACCUUCGCUUGUGUUUGUCAAUUCUCAUCAUAUUACUGAACAGUCGAGACCUCUGCCAUCAAAUUUUAUAUCGAUUGGUGGUAUACAUCUCAGUCAACCAAAAAUUAUAUCAAAAGAUAUACUGGAGUUUAUUGAAAACUCACCACAUGGAGUGAUUUAUUUUACAUUUGGUUCAGUCAUAUCAAUGUCAACAUUACCAGAUCAUAUUCAAAGUGCAUUUAAAGAAGCUUUAGCAGAAGUACCUCAGAGAGUAUUAUGGAAAUGUGAGGAAGAAAUGAAAGAUAAACCAAUAAAUGUAAUGACAAGUAAAUGGUUUCCUCAGCGCGAUAUACUUAUGCACCCCAAUGUAAAAUUAUUUAUUAGCCAUGGAGGUAUAUCUGGUGUAUAUGAAGCUGUAGAUGCAGGUGUUCCUGUUCUUGGAUUUCCCCUAUUCUACGAUCAACCAAGAAACAUAGACAACUUAGUUGAAGCAGGAAUGGGAAUUUCUAUGGAUCUGUUAACAGUACAAAAAGAUGAAUUGUUAAAAAAUAUCUUAGAACUCAUUAAUAAUGAAAAAUAUGUGAAAAAUGCUAAAAUGACUUCUGAAAGAUUUAAAGAUCGACCAAUAUCACCAGCAGAAUUAGUUGUUUACUGGACAGAGUAUGUAAUUCGUCAUAAAGGUGCACCACAUUUAAAAUCUCAUGCAUUGAAUUUGGCGUGGUAUCAAUACUAUUUAUUGGAUGUUAUUGUUGUCAUAUUAAUUUUUAUUUCUUUAGUCAUUUUCAUUACUUAUAAAGUUUUUAAAAUUAUUUUUUACUAUUUUUUAAAAUAUUCAAGAAUGAUCAAACCAAAAUUAGAAUAAUUUGAGUACUAUCAUCUUACUAAAUUAUUCGAGUAUAUUAAAGUAAAAUAAAAUUAUCAUAUUGGUAACUAUGAAAAU